GAGAGAGUGGACGACAGAGAAAGAGAGGGAGUGUGUGUCUGUGUGUGCGUGGGGGGGUGGGCAGGAAAAACAAGCCACAUGCAUAAGGAGGGAGCCAGAAGCACAGACACAGAGAGGGGGAGUGUGUGCGUGGGUGUGUGCAUGUGUGUGUGAAAACACUGCGCAUGUGUGACUGUGAGGCGCACUGGCUGAAGCAGACAGAGGAGGCAAAAGAGGAGUAAUGAACGGCAGCUGAGUCGAGAGGAGAAGUUACAGCAGAGGAGAGGGAAAGGAGGAGAAGUGAGGUUUACCUGAGGACCAGAAGCCAGAGAGGGGCAAAAAGAAAGAAAGGAAGAGAAGGGGACGUGCAUGCAGAGAACAGCAAAGCACAGCUAAGAUACUCAGGUCACUGCACAAAAUAAACUGAACGAUUUGAGAGGCUUAGGAAGAGACAGGGAGAAAUAGAGGGAUGGAGAAACAGAUACCAGAGGGAGACGCUCAGCCACAGCUCGUCAGAGGAGGAGCAAGGGUGGGAGAGUGAAGGACAAAGGUACCAGAGAGGAGAGGAGAAGAGGAACAAGGGAUGCAGAGCUCGACCAGAGCAGCCAGGGACAUGACGCAUCCACCUUGCAACAGCUUCCUCCAUCUUACAUCUCCUCCAUCUUUUCCUCCCUCCACUGCUGCUUGUUGUUCAUCCUGCUAGAGUCAAAUGGACAGAAGAAAGCAUCCUCCCUCUUGUGAGACAUCCCCUGAACAAAGAGACUGAGCGGCUUGGUUUAUCUUGGCAGAGCAGCAUCAACACCGUCGACGUUGGCAAAAACUGGAACAGGAGGGAGGAGGCGAGAAAGGAUUGGGACAAGACAAGUGCGUAAGGAGACAGGUGGACGUACCAAAGGAAUCAGGUUAUGAGUCUGACUCACUGAAAAAGGGGAGACAAGCACAGAGGCAUCCUUCAGACUGUUAUCACUUCUGCUGCUCAGUUGGGAGGACUGUUUGAAAGUCCAAAAAAAGAAAAAAAAAAAAAAACCUUCACUCCCACCAUUGAGGAAUUCAGGAGCCUUGGAGUUUGAAGGGGUCACUCUAACAAGCUUUCUCGAGCAUUACAGGACACCACCCGAAAAAAGACCUCCUCCUCCCUCCAUCUUAUCAACAACCCACUGAGAGGGUCAAACAGGGUCACCUCGCCAAGAGCAAGGGGAGAGAGGUUAUUCUUUCUUUCUUUCUCACACAUUCGAAUGGAAGUGUAACACACCCGGAGCCAAAAACAGGAAGUUUAGUGGGCGUUUAACCAAGACACACAUGUUAAGGCUAGUUUGAGUUUCCCUUGGCAGGCCACAGGAUAUGGUUUAAGACAAUACCUCUUGGACCUUUCUGAACUGCCUGUACUCGACACAGCCAUCCCCCUGUGAAUGCAGAAAUCCACCAACCUGCACUGUGUGCUUAUAUGUGAGCAUCUGUGUGCAUACGAGAUUAUUUAUUGGUGUUCACUGGGUGAGAACAUAUCCUUGUGCUGAAGUACUAACUGUCCUUGUGUGAGAAUAUACAUUUCUGUAAAUAGGCAUCAAAUACAGGACAGGAACAUCAGCAUAUGUCAUUUAAAACAACGAACAACUACCUUUAAGUAGUCAACACUGGUCAGAUACUGUAAGCUGGACUGUUAAAUCGUCUGUACAUAUCAACUGUGACAGAAUAAGACCUGCAGCUCGUGGUGCUCUGGCUGAGCUCCGCUAUCCGUCUUCCCCUCAUAAAGACUCAGGCUGACGGCAUCGCACGCCAGGGGGGAGUCUCUGAGGGAAACAUGGAGGCAACCAUCCGUCCCCAUGUCCCUUCCAAUGGCUGACUCCAGGAAAGGAGCCCAGUCUUUUUCCCCUUGCGCAGAAGCAGGCAGGGGCGUCCAGCGCUGAUCAGAGCCACAGCCCCUCUCUCGUCCACCUCCAAAAACGUGCGAAUGUCCUGCCUCAGGCGUCAGCCCGUCACCAUCCCCAUGGACACCGUCAAGAUCAUCCAGUCGGAGAAGUUCCCCAGAGAGUGCCCCGUGCCGGUCACCCAGCCGCGCUAUGCCCCGCCCCCUAGAGUGGCGUGGGACGGGGGAGGCGAAGGCGAGAUCAUCGUCAACCAGGCCUGCAGUGACCUGACCCUGGACAUAGGUGGGUCUCCCCGGCCGAUGCUGUCCCCCCCGGCCCCCGUGACGCGCAGGGAGCAGAGCUUCCUGGCGCAGCGCAAAACCAGUGCCAACGAAAUCUGCUACCACCAGUUCCACUACAAGAUGGAAGACGUCAUAGUCAACCAGUACGUGCUGCGCUCCUCCUCCACCUCUUCCUCCACUUCGUCCUCCUCCUCCUCGGGACCUGUCAUGCCCUGCGAGCCCCUGGACUGCCCCACCUGCGGUCAUACCUACAACUUCGCCGGCAAGCGCCCGCGCAUCCUCUCCUGCCUGCACUCGGUGUGUGAGGAGUGCCUGCAGAUCCUCUACGAGUCCUGUCCCAAGUACAAGUUCAUCUCCUGCCCCACGUGCCGGCGCGAGACAGUGCUGUUCACUGACUAUGGCCUGGCUGCUCUGGCCAUCAACACCAGCAUCCUGAGCCGCUUGCCCUCUGACCCCAAUGGGCCCGUGCAGUGGGGCGGGGACGCCGACCGCAGCUGCUACCAGACUGUGCGCCAAUACUGCCAGUCAGCCUGCACCUGCCAGAUCGCCAACCCCUUGUCCUCCUGUGGCAUCAUGUAGACAAGGGGGUACACUGCAGGCAUGGCCCGACGAUGCCGCCCCCACCCCCAUCCACCACCACCUCCACCCCAACCUCUCUCUUCUUCUAUAAGCUCUACCCUCUCUGCCAAUUCCCCCUUUCACACACAUACAGUAAACAAAUCCCUCCACAGAUGUUAACUCUAUAUAUUUAAUAGCACAGAUGGAUGCUGUGUGGGACUAAUGGAUGCUGGUGAUUCAAUAAAUAGUAAAUAAAUGUAUUUUAUGUAUGGACUGGAAUCCUAUUCACCCUCUCUCGUUUGGUUGGACGUGUUUGUCAUUGACAUCUCUUUACAUGGGAAUGCCAGGGGAGGUCUACCCCCCCCCAACCUAGGUGAAUAAAGAUUAAAUAAUUAAAAAAGUAACUCUGUGUGGCCUGCAGUUGUUAUCUGUCAAGCUACAGAGCAUUUAUGGGUGCAAAGCACUGCCGUUCCUUUUCUUAUUUAUCAGUAGAAUGAAACUGAAUCACUUAAUUUUUUACCUUAAAAUAGAUAUAGUUAGAUUUUAUGGGGAUGCUAAUGGAUUAAUUAAUGAAUUACACUUUACUGAAGUACUUUCUUACAGGUUUUCUGCUCAGUUUAAGGGGGUUUAAAUGGUUUUGUAAAAACUCCUUGAAAUGUACCAAAUACCAUGGAGAUCAUCCCUUUAUUUACAAUUCACCAAUGUAGCCAAGAUGAAAAUUUUGAAAUGACUCUGAUGUUGCACAAAAUAGGGGAUACUUUUCA